CGUUGCUCCCACUUCACUACCACUAUAACCACCAACUGUCCCACUUGGCAAACAACUAUAGCCCACCCUCGGCCCCUCUUUCUCUAUUGCCUUUCUCUCUUUCACACCAACCAUCAGGGUAUAAUAGGGACACGACAUUGAGACGGUGGAGCUAAGAAAAUGAAGCCCUUUUCCACGUUCUUUAUUCUCCUUUCACUGCUUGCGCUCGUGGACUCUAAAUAUUAUUCAUGCAAAAAUGAAGACCAGGAGCUGGUGUCAAAGGCGUUUCAAUCUGUGUCUGGAUUCAACUCUUCCUGGUUCCAAAGCGCUUCUAAUUGUUCAAAUGCUGCUGUUAUUAAAAGACUAAAUCUUUCCUUCAGGAACCUAAGUGGAAGCAUUUCGUGGAAGUAUCUGAGGAACAUGUCCAAGUUGGAGGUUCUAGAUCUGUCUGGGAAUUUCUUACAAGGGCAGGUACCAAACUGGUUGUGGACAACCUCAUCCUUAUCGGUAGUGAACCUUUCUCAGAACAGGUUCGGAGGGAGCAUUAACCCCACAUCCCAAAACGGUUCCUUUUCAUCGCUGAAAAAUCUCAAUCUCUCAUACAACAGGUUCACCAACCAGCUUCACCUCUCUGUUUUUAAAAACCUCAAAAGCCUCGACCUUUCACACAACAACCUCAGAACUUUACCUUUAGGGUUCCAAAACCUCACCAAUCUACAAUACCUUAAUCUCUCCGACUGCAACAUCAAAGGUAGCGUAAAACCCAUUUCCACCCUAACCUCACUAUCCUUCUUGGACCUUUCAAACAACUCUUUGAACGGUAGCUUCCCCUCGGACUUCCCUCCCUUGAAGACCAUACAAUUCUUGAACAUCUCCCACAACAACUUCAAAGCAUCCACCGCAUUAGACAGAUUCAAAAAGUUCGGCAAAUCGGCGUUCAUUCACGCUGGUAAUAACUUCAGCUACACCGCAUCCAAAACGCCAAAGCUAGGUGCAACCUGGACAUCAGCUUCAACUUCAACCCCACCACAUGAACGGUCCCACCACAUCCAGGCGGAGAAGAAGAGGCCGAGAGAAAAGCAAAAGUCAAAACAGAAACCAAGAAGCAUGAUUGCGGCCUUGUCGUGUGCCUCGGCACUCGUGGUUGUCGGACUGUGCAUGUGCGUUGUGUGGCGUUGCAGAAGGAAGAGGCAAUGGGCAAAAAAGAACAAGUGGGCGAUCUCUAAGCCGGUCCCAGUGAACGUGAAGAUGGAGAAAUCGGGACCCUUCGCAUUCGAGACAGAAUCAGGGACAUCAUGGGUGGCUGACCUGAAAGAACCCUCUUCCGCACCCGUGGUCAUGUUCGAGAAGCCUCUCAUGAACCUCACCUUCGUGGACCUCAUUUCUGCCACGUCACACUUUGGCAAGGACUCUCUCCUGGCUGAGGGCAGGUGUGGGCCCGUGUACCGCGCUGUCUUAACCGGAGACAUCCACGUGACAAUCAAAGUCAUCGAAAACGCCAGAGACGUCCAUCAUGAUGACGCUGUCGCUCUCUUCGUUGACCUUGCUCAACUCAAACACCCCAAUCUCUUGCCCCUCUCUGGUUACUGUAUUGCAGGGAAGGAGAAGCUGGUGUUGUACGAGUUUAUGUCCAACGGUGAUUUGGGUAGGUGGUUGCAGGAACUACCGGCGGGGGAGACUAAUGUCGAGGAUUGGAGCGGUGACACAUGGGAGAUUAUUCAAAACGGCGCCGUUUCUCGAGCAUCGCCGCCGGAAAAGAUGGGCUGGCCAAUACGCCACCGUAUUGCGGUGGGCGUAGCGCGUGGAUUGGCGUUUCUGCACCACGCGGGGUCAAGGCCCGUCGUUCACGGCCAUCUCGUCACCUCCAACGUCCUUCUCGGCGACGACUUCGAGCCGCGAAUCGCGGAUUUCGGGUUCCGAAAGUUUGGAAGGGAGAGCGCUGCCGCCGCGACGAACUGCUCGACGGAGACGGAUGUUUACUGCUUCGGUGUGGUGCUUAUGGAGCUUCUGACGGGGAGGGGCGGCACGGCGGAGACGGUGGUUUGGGUGAGGAAGGCGGUAAGGGAGGGACACUCUGUGAAGGCGCUGGAUGAGAGACUUAAACUCGGCGGCGGCGGCGGCGGCGACUCGGAGAGUGAGAUGGUGGAGAGCCUCCGAGUAGCGUAUCUGUGUACGGCGGAGUCACCCGGAAAGAGGCCCACGAUGCAGCAGGUAUUGGGCCUGCUCAAAGAUAUUCACCCGAGUAACGGACUCGACUGAGUUCACUCGGCCAAGCGAAUUGGUUUUCCAUUUUACACGCUAAACCUAGAUGAGCAACUCAAUUCCUGGUUGCAUGCCAUCUGGCAAUGGAGUUUUGGAGCAUGUAAUUGUUUUUUUGGAAAUUGCAUUAAAUGAAAUAUAUGUUUAUGGUUA